AUGCGGGGCCUUAUUGCUGCUACGGCGUUGCUCGCGGGCGUGCAAGCCGCGGUUGACCCAAUCGUUAUCAAGGGUCAGAAGUUCUUCUACAAGACUAAUGGCACUCAAUUCUUCAUGAAGGGUGUCGCCUACCAACAGGAAAUCAACUCCAACACCACACAGUCCGCCAAUGGCGACGCCAUCAAAAUCACCGAUCCUCUGGCCGAUUCCACGACAUGCAAGCGCGACAUCGAAUACCUCAAGAAGCUCCAGACCAACACCAUCCGCGUGUAUGCUAUUGAUCCUACCAAAAACCACAAGGACUGCAUGGACGCGUUGGCAGACGCUGGAAUUUAUGUCGUUGCCGACUUGUCCGAACCCGGAACGUCUAUCAUCCGUGACGACCCAGGAUGGACCACAGAGCUCUUCGCGCGCUAUACCAGCGUCGUUGAUGAGCUGAUGAAGUACAGCAACACGCUCGGCUUCUUCGCCGGUAACGAGGUCUCCAACCAGCCCAACAACACCAUCGCCAGUGCUUUCGUCAAAGCCGCUGUUCGUGACACAAAGGCCUACAUCAAGAGCAAGAACUACCGCCCCAUCGGUGUCGGAUACGCCACCAAUGACGACGCCGACAUUCGUGAGAACAUGGCCAACUACUUCGACUGCGGCAACUCUGAGGAUGCCAUUGACUUUUGGGGUUACAACAUCUACUCGUGGUGCGGUGAUUCGUCCUUCACCAAGUCUGGCUUCGACGUCCAAACCAAGAACUUCGAAAAGUACAAUGUUCCCGUCUUCUUCGCCGAGUAUGGUUGCAACACGCCUCGUCCUCGUCAGUUUACCGAAGUCGGUGCGCUCUACGGCAAGCAAAUGACUGGUGUCUGGUCCGGUGGUAUCGUCUACAUGUACUUUGAGGAGGAGAACAAGUUCGGUCUCGCUUCCAUUGAGGGCGGCAAGGUCAAGACCAACAAGGACUUUGAGAACUUGUCCAAGGAGAUCGCCAAGGCUACCCCCAGCGGCGUCAAGAUGAACGACUACAACCCUUCCAACACCGCUGCCGCCGCGUGCCCCAAGGUCACCCCAGGCAAGUGGGAGGCCGUAUCUGACACACUUCCUCCUGCUGCCAACUCCGAUCUUUGCAGCUGCAUGAUGGAGACUCUGAGCUGCGUUAUCGCCGACAAGGUCGAGAAGAAGGAUUUCGGCGACGUCUUCGGCUUCAUCUGCGGUGAGAAGGACGGCCAGUACUGCGCUGGUAUCAACAAGAACGCUACCAAGGGUCCCUAUGGCGCCUACGGCAUGUGCUCCAGCAAGGAGCAGCUCUCGUUCGCUGCCAACGCCUACGCCGGCGCUGUCAAGGGCGGCUGCAAUUUCAAGGGCAAGGCUACCACCAAGUCCGCCGUUGCCACCCCUACCGCAUCCGGCUGCUCCAACUUGCUCAAGGCAGCUGGCGCUGCUGGCACUGGCAAGGUCAGCGCCGCGCCCAAGGCCGGUUCGUCGGGCUCUUCCAGCUCCUCUUCCCAGGGUGCUGCGGCGGGUCUUGCGAUCCCUCAGUUCACCACUGGCAUCUUCGGUCUCGGCAUGUACGUCAUUGGCGCUGUUGCCUCGGGCAUGGCCAUGGUCUUGCUAUAG